CCAUCGUUUGAAAGAAUUUGGGCCAAGCUCUCCCGGGUCGUUGUCAAGAGUGUCGAUUCUAACUCCCCUGAACACCAGCCCUAUCUGAAAUGUUUGCAAGAGACCCGGGUGGACCUUCUCAACCACAUCUAUACACUAUUGGACGUCGGAAAGUCUACUGUUGCGUUUAUUGUAGCUGAA